AGGCUUUGCUCAAGGUCCACGGUGUGAAGGGAACUAAACAAACCUGCCAUGAGCACAGCUGAAGAUUUGGGAGGCUGCAUCCAGGACAAUGCACCAUGACAGCUUGGCUACACGGGGAUGCUGCAGAGCACCAUGAGAGCUACAGUCUAUAAAACAAGAGAGAAUAUCCCGCUUCCUGCCUUUGAGCUGAAAGAAUUAAAGAACGAAACAACUCAGAAUAAUCCCCCAAGACGAAAAAGACCCGCUGCCCUCCCUGCUUGACAACCUGUGCUGGUUCCAGAGCUGUACCUGGGGGACUGAGCAGCCGUGCUGGCCAUGAGCGAGCAGAGCCACGUCAACAGCCUGUUCCUCAACGAGGAUGCAGCCAAGCGGCUCCACGCCGAGAGCCGGGUGCGGCGGCUCCGCCAGGCCGUGCAGAAGCGAGCGGCGCGGGCCAAGAAGCGCAUGCACAGCAUCACUGCCCAGAGCGCCAAGAGCUUCUUCAGGAGAAACGCCUUCGUCCUCUUCACCAUCGCCGCGGUCUUGCUAGGGAUUAUCCUGGCGUUCUCCCUCCGGCCCUACCAGCUGACCUAUCGCCAGAUCAAGUAUUUCUCCUUCCCUGGCGAGCUGUUGAUGCGUAUGCUCCAGAUGUUGGUUCUUCCUCUUAUUGUCUCCAGCUUGAUUACAGGAAUGGCCUCCCUGGAUAGCAGAGUCUCAGGGAAGAUGGGGAUGCGUGCCAUUGUCUACUACAUGGUGACCACAGUCAUAGCAGUCUUCAUUGGCAUCCUCAUGGUGAUCAUCAUCCACCCAGGAAAAGGAUCUAAGGACAAGCUCCACCGAGAGGGCAGAAUUGAGCAGGUGCAGACCACAGAUGCCUUCAUGGACUUGGUGAGGAAUAUGUUCCCACCCAACCUGGUAGAAGCCUGCUUCAAACAGUACAAGACGCAGUACAGCACCAGGGUCUUCACCAGGACCAUCCUCCACAGCAGCAACGCCACAGCAGGUGUCACCACCACCCAGAUCCCUGAGCCUGAGAACUUCACCAGCAUCCUGGAGAACGUCACUCAAGCCCUGGGGACCAUCUCCGAGGUGCUGACCUUUGAAGAAGUCAUUCCCAUCCCGGGCUCAGCCAAUGGGGUGAACGCACUGGGGCUGGUAGUGUUCUCCAUGUGCUUCGGUUUGAUGAUCGGCAGCAUGAAGCAGAAGGGACGGGCCCUGCGGGAGUUCUUUAACUGCCUCAACGAAGCCAUCAUGAGGCUGGUGGCCAUUAUCAUCUGGUAUGCUCCAGUUGGGAUCAUGUUUUUAAUUGCUGGCAAAAUCCUGGAGAUGGAUGACCUAGCAGUGAUGGGAGGCCAGCUGGGGAUGUACACGCUCACUGUCAUCGUGGGACUCCUCAUCCAUGCCAUUUGCAUUCUGCCCCUGCUCUACUUCAUCGUCACCCACCGAAACCCCUGGGUCUUCAUUGCAGGGCUCCUGCAGGCCCUCAUCACAGCCCUGGGCACCUCCUCCAGCUCAGCUACUCUGCCCAUCACCUUCAGGUGCCUGGAACAAAAUAAUGGUGUGGACAGGCGCAUCACGAGGUUUGUGCUGCCUGUGGGAGCCACAAUUAACAUGGAUGGCACUGCUCUGUACGAGGCCCUCGCAGCAAUCUUCAUUGCACAGGUCAACAACUAUGAGCUUGACUUCGGGCAAAUCAUCACAAUAAGCAUCACUGCCACAGCAGCCAGCAUUGGAGCUGCAGGUAUUCCCCAGGCAGGACUGGUGACAAUGGUUAUAGUGCUGACAUCAGUGGGGCUGCCUACUGAGGACAUCACACUGAUCAUCGCUGUGGACUGGUUUCUGGACCGCCUCAGAACAACCACCAAUGUCCUGGGGGAUUCUCUGGGGGCUGGAAUUGUGGAGCAUCUCUCCCGGCACGAGCUGGACGCACAGGACUGCGACCUUGACUAAACAGACCCCGUAUACCCUUACAGACUAUUUGUCCAACUUUUCAAGAAAAUUAUGAAUUCUAAUCCUGAAGAGACUUCCUGUAUAUAAAGGGCAAACUGGAGGAUGAAUCAGAAGAAAAGCUUGUUGGAUUGAACUGUAGCUCAAAUGGGAAUUAAUUUUUGGAAGUCCCAUGGCUUGGGUUAUACAGACAGUCACACUAGAUGAUCAUAAGGGCCCCUGCUGGCUUUACAAUAUAUGCACGUGCUUUCUGGUUUAGAGAUACUGCAAAGGGUCCCUCCAGCCUGAUCAUUUCUAAAAGCUACCUGGAAGGAUCCUAAUGAUACUUUAAUAAAACUCAGCAGGAGUCUAACCUGUUUUCAGUUGCUGUUAGCAGACAUGUACACACAUCAGACAAGGGGCUCUCCACACCACGUUGCACCCACACGUUUGCUGAUGUUCCCACAAAGCUGUUGCACAUCAAGCCUUGCUGUUUGUGAUUUCUGCUUUCAACUCAAGAUUAACGGAGCACAAACAAGUAGAAGCCUCAUUUUCAAACACUGCAAACCAGUCUUCCAUGGGGAAUUUCAGAAUUCAGUUGAUAAUUUUUUAGCUUUGGUGUUUGCUCAUGUUGUUAACCAGUUUAUGAUUGGGAUUGUCUGUUUACAGUACCUGAAUAGCAAAGUACUGUCAGGAAUUUGUGUAUAUGCACAUUUUAUAUAUAUAUAUGUGAUAUAUAUAUGAAGGGAGUGAAUGUGUGCAAGCAUACAUAUGCACAGAGUCAAUUUUUUUGUUGCUAAUCCAAGCAGGAAAGCCAGUACUAAACUCUCACUCUGUGUAAAGCUGCAUACUUCACCUACCUUGAUUUACCCAAUUAAUCUCAUCCUUAAAACAAAAAACAGAGGCUGCUCUACUCCAUUCCACAAAUGAGUCAUCCAAAGCCAGGUUUGCCAGGAAGGAGCUCACUGUGUGCUGAUUUUGACUUGUACCUGCUGGUGACGUAACAAGAACUUCUCAAUGUAUAGAGAAAAUUCUCCACUUUGGCUUUGGCUUCCCUGUCCACAUCCCAAAGACCCCCAUCCCCACUGCAUCUGUCUUGGCAAGGGGCAGGCUUUCAAACCUCAGUGAAGGACACAAAAGUGUUUGUACUCAUUCCAAAUCCAGUGUUGACCUUGUAUGAACUCAGCCUUCAAAACUGGAUAACUGAAAGUAUUAAAUCAUUUUAUCCACUGUCUUUUUAAAUUACCAGAUAUUUGAGAGCUUAUGCAGUCUUUUCUUUACUGCAGUCCUGCUGCUUCUACCUGGAGAAAUUUUCCAAGUUUCUCCUGUUUGCAAACAGAUCUCUUCCUAAUGAUUAGAGAUGGGCAAAAUUUGGGAUGAAACAGAGAGCCAUCUCAAUGCAUACAUAUGCGAGGAGCUCUUGGAUUAGGACACAUCUCUUCAAAAUUAAUUUGAAGAGAGAAAAUCCAGGAAGAAUAGAGAUUUUCAGUUAAGCCAUGUGUCACAUUACAUCUGUGAUACAUGCACGUUAUUCCAGGAGUCAGAUCUGUCCAUGACAACUGACCUGAAAUUGUAUGUCCUUCUGCUGUGCCCAAGGAAGAACUGGAAAUGGGUCCUGUACAGUGUGUUCAUGGCAUUCAGGCAGUUUGACUCUGUUAAUUCCUGAGGGCUUUUUCUUCAUGCUGUGAGUUUCAGUGAUAAUACAGAUAGUUUGCAUACUUGAAAAAUAAAGGGAAUUUUUUUCCACAA